GAGAAAAUGAGCCAUCAAGGUGUGGUCGUUUUGAACGUGGGAGGAUUGAAAUUCACCACCUGGCCUUCUACGCUACAGCAGUUCCCUGAGUCCAGGUUGGCAAAGAUGCUCAGUGGCAGCGAUCGAGAAUUUCGGCUGAUGAACGGCGAGUUCUUUGUCGACCGUGAUGGAGUCCUAUUCAGCUAUAUUCUGGAUUUCCUAAGAACACUCCAGGUUUCUCUGCCGAGUGAUUUCACCGAUUAUCAGAGGCUGCAGAGAGAGGCUAACUUCUAUGAACUUUAUUCCAUGGCUGACCUUCUUAGUCACGAACGUUUGUUGAAGCCAAAGAUGGAGAUACUGGAAAUACGAUUCUUGCUCCAAGAGACACAGGCUUUUUUUCGGGUUUUUGGUUCCUGCAGCACGACGAUUGAUGCACUAGCUGGCUGCAUCACCGUCUUCGCAGAACAGCUUGGGGGGCCAACCUGGAAUAACCACAGCAUUCCGUCUCAGAAACCACUGGUCCCCUUGCCUUUGGAGAGGCCUUCCCAUCAUGACAUUAUUUUCCAGUGUGGCACUGACUAUAGCGAUCGGCUCGGGGCAAGGUAUGUUUCUAUCAAACCUGAUCACAGGAAACUGAUUAAUGGGACAAAUGUUCUUGGCCUGCUGGUGGACGUCCUACUGAAAGAAGGAUUCCAUUUAGUAAGCACCAGGACAGUCUCCUCUGAAGAGAAAAUCGAAUGCUACUGUUUUGAGAGAACAAGACAGCCAGAUGCCCUCCCGAUUGGCCAAGCCCAGCAGGGUGCUGCUCCGCUCCAAACAAAGGAAGUCCAGAUUCACAAACAGAAGUGA